AUGCUCGAUCUAGCAGAUACCGAACUCGUGCGUGACAAGGCUAUCGCAUGGCGCAAACAGUACGGCGAGAUAUUCUAUACGAAAAUCGGCGGCACGGACUACGUUUGGCUCUCUUCACCCAAAGUAGUGAAGGACCUUAUGGACAAGAAGAGUGGCAUAUACUCCUCCAGGGCACCGGCACCUUUGGCUCAAGACGUAGCUUCCGCAGGAAGACGACAGCUGUUCAUGCCUUAUGGAGCACGAUGGAGAAGCAUUCGAAAACAUAGCCACGACUUGCUCAACCUUCGUUCAAGUGUGAAGUACCAGCCAGUUCAAGAUUUCGAGAGCAAAUACCUCCUCCAAGAGCUUAUGGAAAGUCCGGACGAUUUCAUCUUGAUCAAUCGACGAUACUCUGCUAGCGUCAUCAUGCUAGUCACAUAUGGCUACCGGAUACCGAGCUGGAACGACCCUCUUAUCCAGCGCAUCUACGCUAUGCUAGAUCGAUUUACAAAGAUGACGGCUCCUGGUGCGCAUGCAAUUGACUCUUUUCCAAGCUUAGCCAGCUUGCCGCAAUGGAUGUUGGGCAACUGGAGAUCGCAUGGACAGAGGGUGUUCGAGCAAGACAGUCAGUUGAACUUGGACUUAUGGAAUCGACUAAAGCGCGAAACGGACGCUGGAACAGCGAAAGACUGCUUCACAAAGACUUUCUACCUCAAAGACCCAGCGAAGAGUGGAAUCGAUGAUCUUUCGGCAGCGUAUACCUGCGGCGGCCUGAUUGAGGCCGGAUCUGAAACGACUGGUACCACUUUGAACAACUUCGUACUGUGUAUGCUACUAAACCCAGAAGUGCAGAAGAAGGCACAAGAAGAGCUGGACCGAGUGGUAGGACCAGAUCGAUUGCCAACCUGGGAAGAUGAAGAGAGCUUACCAUAUGUACGAGGCGUGAUCAAAGAAGUCUUGCGAUGGAGACCAGUCAACAAAUUUGGAAUGCCGCACGCUACGAGCGAGGAUGAUUGGUAUGAGGGCUACUUCAUUCCUAAGGGAAGUGUUGCAGUAUUAAACUGGUGGGCAAUCCACCGUGAUCCAGAACUGUGGCCUAACCCGGAUGCAUUUGAUCCCUCGCGCUAUCUCAACCAUUCCGCCUCAGCAGCAGACUACAUCAACGCUUCCGACCCGAAGACACGAGACCAUUUUGCUUACGGUGCAGGUCGACGAGUAUGCCCUGGUGUGCAUGUUGCAGAGCGAUCACUUUACAUCAACAUCGCACGGGUAUUGUGGGGAUUCAACUUGCGCAAGAAAAUCGGAAAAGACGGUCAAGUAAUCGAAGUCACCGAGAAGAUGGCGCCUGGGUUCUUCAGCGUUCCGGAAAAUUACGAAUGCGACAUUCGACCGAGGUCUGCAAAGCACGCAGAGAUCAUGAAGAAGCAGUGGGCGGAAGCAGAAAAGGAGGGGCUGAACUUUUGA